AUGCCCCAAAACUUAUCUAUCUAUCUAUCUAUCUAUCUAUCUAUCUAUCUAUCUAUCUAUCUAUCUAUCGUUCUGGGCCUUUUCCUAAUUUCCAUCGGUUUUUCCAUUUUCAAUAUUUUGUCUCCAUUACGUCUUUUCUCAUUUUUUUUUUCUUUCACGAUUUCUUUUUCUAUAACACUUUGUUUUUUGCUUUCCCAAAUUUUACCUUUCCAUCUUUUACCGCCUUUUAAUUUUCGUUUUCAUUCAUUUACAACAUAUCUUUCUUUCUAUUGUAACCUUUUUCCCGUUUUCUUUUCUUCUGUCACAAUCUCUCCUCAUUUUUCUUUCUUUUCUAAUUGUAUCUCAUUCUUUUUUUCUCUUUCAUUUUUCUUUCUUUCUCUCGUAACCUUCCCGAUUUUUCUUUCCUUCUUUUUCAAUCUUUCUGCAUUUUUUUCUUUCUUUUACAACCUAUUUCAUUCUUUUCUUUCCAAUCGUUUCUCAUUGGUUUUUCUCUUCGUUUGUUUAUUUCUUUCUCUCUUUCUUUCUUUCUUUUUCUCUUUCUUUUCUAAGCGUACCUCAUUUCUCUUUUCUAAUCGUUUAUCCUUCCUUUUAUUUUUAUUUUUUCUUUCUUUCUUUCUUUCUUUCUUUCUUUCUUUCUUUUGUAACAUUUCCCAUUUUCUUUCCUCUUUUUACAAUCUUUCUUUUCCCAUUCAUUUUUAUUUCUUCCUUUUUGUUUUUUUUGUUUCUUUCUAUUGUAACCUUUCCUUUUUUGUUUGUUUCUUUCUUUGUAACCUUUCCCAAUUUUCUUUCUUUCUUUUACAAUCGAUCUGCAUUUUUCUUUCUCUUCCAAUUGUAUUCCAUUCUUUCUUUCCAAUCAUUUCCCUUUUAUUUUUCUUUCUUUCUUUCUCUCUCUUGUUAACUAUUCCACUUUCUUUCCUUGUAUCACAUUCUUUGCCCAUUUUUUUACUUUUCGAAGCGUAUGCCAUUUCUUUCUUUUUAAUCAAUUCUCUUGACUUCUUACUUUCUUUCUAUUUUAACCGUUUCCACUUUUUCUUUCCAUAUUUUGCAAUCUUCGUUUUUCUAUCUUUUCCAAGCGUAUCUCAUUUCUUCCUUUCUAACCAUUUCUCAUUCUUUCUUUCUUUCUUUCUUUCUUUCUUUCUUUCUUUCUUUUCCAAGCAUUUAUCUCACUUCUUUCGUUGCAAUCGUUUCUCAUUCAUUUUCUUUCUUUAUUUCCUUUCUUUCUUUUCCUACUUAGCAUUUUUUCUCAUUUCCAUUUCCUUUAAUCUUUUAUUCUUUUUCCUUUCACUGCUUUUUUUUUAUUUCCCCUUAAAGAUUCCAGUCAUCUUUUUUUUUCAUCCAAUCACGCAUUCUUACUUUCCAAAUAUUCUUUCGACUUUUGAAAUCCUUCUUCAGAUGCCUCAUCACUUUCAUUUUCCUUUUUUUGAUCUCCCUGGUGUUUACUUUAAUAUUCGGGUGCCGUCUUUCUACAUUUCUUUCUUUCUUUCUUUCUUUCUUUCUUUCUCCCGUUGUUGUAAUUUCUUUUCUAUUUUCUUUUUUCCAUCUUUUAUCUUUUCUUUCUUUCUCUUUGCUUUAUUUCCUUUUCUUUCUUUAUUAAUUUCCUCUUUCCUUUCUUUCUUUCUUUUGUUUCUUUGUUUCUUUCUUUGUUUCUUUGUUUCUUUCUUUCUUUCUUAUUCGUGUCUGCUUUCUUUCUUUCUUUCUUUCUUUCUUUCUUUCUUUCUUUCUUUCUUAUUCGUGUCUGGUUCUCUUCUCUCCACUAAUGUUUCUUUCUUUCUUUCUUUCUUUCUUUCUUUCUUUCUUUCUUUCUUUCUUUCUUUUUUCUUUCUUUCUUAUUCGUGUCUGGUUCUCUUCUCUCCACUAAUAUUUCUUUUCUUUCUUUUUCUUUUUUCUUUCUUUUCUUUCUUUUCUUUCUUUUUUUCUUUCUUUCUUAUUCGUGUCUGGUUCUCUUCUCUCCACCUAAUGUUUCUUUCUUUCUUUUCUUUCUUUCUUUCUUUCUUUCUUUUUUCUUUUUUUCUUAUUCGUGUCUGGUUCUCUUCUCUCCCUAAUAUUUUUCUUUCUUCUUUUCGCAUUGCAGCUUUCUUUCUUUCUUUCUUUCUUUCUUUCUUUCUUUCUUUCUUUCUUUCUUAUUCAUUGUCUGGUUCUCUUCUCUCCACUAAUGUUUUUUUUCUUUCUUUCUUUCUUUCUUUCUUUUCUUUUUCUUUCUUUCUUUCUUUCUUUAUUUCUUUCUUAUUCGUUUCUAUUCGUGUCUGGUUUCUCUCCACUAAUAUUUCUUUCUUUCUUUUUUCUUUCUUUCUUUCUUUCUUUCUUUCUUUCUUUCUUAUUCGUGUCUGCUUUCUUUCUUUCUUUCUUUCUUUUUCUUUCUUUCUUUCUUUCUUUCUUUCUUUCUUUCUUUCUUUCUUUCUUAUUCGUGUCUGGUUCUCUCCACUAAUAUUUCUUUCUUCUUUUCGCAUUGCAGCUUUCUUUCUUUCUUUCUUUCUUUCUUUCUUUCUUUCUUUCUUUCUUUCUUUCUUUCUUUCUUUCUUUCUUAUUCGUGUCUGGUUCUCUUCUCUCGACUAA